UAGCGUCGGUGUGUCGGCAGCGUCGCGGUGAAAUGCGCUGUCGCGAGGUUGCAAUAGGAGAGGGAGAGGGUAAGGAGACAUAGAUGUUGUCAAUGCGAGCGCGUCCGUUGCGCUGUCGCCGUUCUCGUCGUCGUCGUCUUUGUCGUUGUGGUUAUUUUUAAGAGAAAUGUUGGUUAAACACUCGUGAUAAUCAUAACUUCGCGUAAACGAAAACAAAAGCCCCAACAUUUUUUCAAAAUGUAUUAUCUCGUAAAGGAAGUUUUUUAAUAAGUGCAAACCUGUAUUACAAAGUGAACAAGGAGAAAGAAGAGGAAGAGAGAGAGAGAGAGAAAGAGGGAGAAAGAAUAUAGACGCGAAAGUAGAAGGUGGUGGUGUGACCGACGAUCGAUCGGGGAACCUCUUUCUUUCUUUCUUUCUUUCUUUCCUAUUUUUUUUGUUUUUAUUAAUCGAUUCCUUUUUUACAUCCCGCCUAAUACUUGAAUAGCCUUUUUAUUUUGUAUUUGAAAUUUAAUCCCGCCGUAAGAUAGUAAAUAAUUUCUCAAAUAAUAAUAAUAAUAAUAAUAAAAGAAAUACAUAAAAUAUAAAUAAAAAUGGGAUCGAUAGUAUUGAAAUCCUUGUCCGUGUUACUCGGUAUAUUUUUCGUUUUUGUCGGUACAAUGAAAUUAACGUCCCACAUUAGCAAAGAUCUACAUAAAGAUUUGAGAAAAGAAUACGUCAAAUAUGCUAAAGUAUUUCCAUUAUCUACCACGUUGGAUUUCAAAGUUCCGAGCAAAUGGUACAGAAGAGUGGUUGGCUCGCUCGAAAUCAUCUGCGGUCUUGCCAUGGCAAUAAUUCCAAAUUACAAGAUAAAAAAUGUAUCGAAUGCGAUAUUACUGUUUUUGAUGCUAAUGGCUGUGUAUUCUCACUAUAUGGUAAACGAUAGAUUUGAAAGAAUUGCGCCAGCUUUGGUAUUCUUUUUUAUGCUGAUGGGUCGAUUGGUGAUAGAUUGGCAAUUACGACGAGAAGAUGCACAACCGGUUGCAGCUAAUGGAGUAGAUGAUAAAACUAGAAAACAAGACUGAAUUUAUUUAUUUGAAUAUUGAAUCUGGCGAACUCAAUCUAUCUCUUUCACACACUUUGCAAAGGAAGCAAAUUUAAAAUCAAGAUAGAAUAAUAUUUUGUCGAUGAGAGAAAAGAAAAUUUAAAAUACUAAAAAUAAUUAUUACACUGAACGUGUGUGUGCGAACAAAAAGAAAACUAAAUAGAUGGGAUGUCGAACGUUUAUUUCUAGUAUUCCUUCCGUUUUGAUGGACAGGAUAGAAUAUUUUCGACAGAGAAUAUUUACGAAAAUAUAUUACGUUCUUUUUUUUUUUAGUAUAGACUCGAAUACGUCCGACAACUUAAAGUGAGUAAUAUCUCGUAUACAUCUUCGUAUGUAAAUGAAAUUUUUCGGAUAUAAGAGCAUAACUUUUUUUUUUUUUUUUAAUUAAUAUUACCAUACGUACAUUAAAAACACAAUAUACGAUUUGUGUUAGCGGAUCCGAAUUUAUGCUCCUAAACGUAAAAAUAUUUACGUUAAUAUAAGCGUAAAACGCAAGGAGCUUGUUUAAAUAACUCUAUUUCACCAAAGUCUGCAAAAUAUGUUAAUUAAGACACAAGUUAAGUAAAAUUUUGUUCCAUCUAUUACAUGACAUUAGAAUGCUUCUAUAUUAGAAAUUAAUUAGAUAUAUACCUAUAAUUUAUUUAUUUACAUCGUCCAGCAAUGAAAAUAUGAAUAUUAGUUAAGCACAAUUAACUGCCACAGAAAAGAAAUGUGUUCUCCUUUAAUAUCGUAAUUGAAUGUGUGUACAUAAUAACGUAUAAAUCUGCUAUACUCUACAUAAAUAUAUCAAGUGCACGAUUUAAAAUAUAUAUGCCUACUUUAAGUAGUAUAUACAUAUAUAAAAAUAAAAAAUAUAUAUAUGUAUCGAAUUUAUUCGACAAAUAUGUAGAGUCAUAAGCAACAUUACGUUCCAUCAAAAAGUUAUAAUUAAGAAAAAAUUAAUCACAGUACAUUUUUUUGUAAACACAUUUUGGAAGGAAUCUGAUCAUUAUUACAAAAAAGAAAAAAAAAUAAAUUGUAAUUACCUGUGUGUUUAUAAAACUACUAUUUGUAUGAUAUAUCACAUAAAAAUUUAAAUAUACAGAGUGUUUUAACAACAAAAUUCAUACCAAUGAUACCAAAAGUAAUUAAUUUCAUUUUUUAUAUCCUAUAUCACAUGCUUUGUAGAUUUAUUUGUUCCUAAUAUAUAACUUAGAUAAGUACAAUGUAAAUAUUUAUGAAAAGGAGCAUGCUAAUCAUUAUGGGGGCCAAUUUUGAGGUCUUAAUUUAUUGUACAUGUACUGUAUAAACAUCUUACUUGAAAGCAAAAAGGAAUAAAAAUGCUAAGGAAAAACAAGACAGAAAUGUUUAAAUAUAAAUGUAUAUGAAAUGUAGAUAAAUGAUAAUUACAUGAAAUUAAGAAUAUUGUAUGAUCUAUAUUUAGUUGAUGUAAUGAAAUUUGCAGCACACAAUUUGAACUAAAUUUUACGUGAAAACAAUUAUAAGUAUUUGUUGAACUUACAAUAAGAAACAAAUUAACAACAUAUGCUAUGUACUACAUUGGGUUAUAUAUAACGUAUAAGAAAAUUUAUAUUAAAAUUUAUUUAUAGACACUCGCGAUAUGCUUAGAUUUUAUGAUAUAGUAAUUUGGAAAUAAAAGGACUGAAACUGCAAUAUAGAUAAAGAAGUAAUUAUAAUAUAAUAUAAUCUGCUAUCGUUCAUUACACAAUAUGCAAUAAAAAUUUACAAUUAUGUAAAGAACACUGCUAAUACUAAUCUUCAUAGAAAAAAAUGUGUAUAUAAUAUAUAAUAUAUUUAGAAAAUU